UUUAAGUUUUCCAGGUUAUAUUUUAACAUUGUGUUCAUAUGCAAAACAAAGUUUGUGAAUCAGCACGAAUGCUGGCAAGUCCUGGAAAGUUUCUGAUCAUGGACUUUCACGAGCCCCCAAGGCGAGGAGAAACAGAAACCCAGGACACCCUGCGCGCCGCUUUGCAGUCAGGCGUCGCCUGGACUACAUUUCCCAUAUCCAAUUGCCAAGCUCCUGCAGGAUUGGCCAGAACAACGCGGAAGUGAUUACGGGUAGCCCAGCAACGGGCGGAGUCCUGGACCGAAACUGGAUGCGCACGCCCCUUCCCUGCGGCGGGUAGGCGGACAAGGCUCCGCUCCAUCUCCAGCGCCUCGGAGUACUCUCCGGUUUUGCUGUCUAGCCCGGCGGCAGCGCGAUCUCUUAGGCGCUUUCACCGCCUUCCUCUCCCGGCCCCGCCCCUUUGACGCCGGCAGUCGCGAUGUUGCGGAGACUGGAUUUCAGCUUCGUGGUCGGCGGAGCGGCCCCUGGAGGGCGCAGUGCGCAGGCGUGAGCGGUCGGGCCCCGACGCGCGCUGGUCUCUUUUGGAGCGGGAGUGAGUUCCUGGGCAAGGAGACCCGGCAGCGGUUGACUGGGGGGCCAGGUGCCUCCACAGUCAGCCAUGGCAGCGCUGCGCUACGCGGGCCUGGACGACACGGACAGUGAGGACGAGCUGCCCCCGGGCUGGGAGGAGAGAACCACCAAGGACGGCUGGGUUUACUACGCCAAUCACACCGAGGAGAAGACUCAGUGGGAACAUCCAAAAACUGGAAAAAGAAAACGGGUGGCAGGAGAUUUGCCAUAUGGAUGGGAACAAGAAACUGAUGAGAACGGACAAGUGUUUUUUGUUGACCAUAUCAACAAAAGAACCACCUACGUGGACCCAAGACUGGCGUUUACUGUGGAUGAUAAUCCAACAAAGCCAACCACCCAGCAGAGAUACGACGGCAGCACCACUGCCAUGGAAAUUCUCCAGGGCCGGGAUUUCACUGGCAAAGUGGUUGUGGUCACUGGAGCUAAUUCAGGAAUAGGGUUUGAAACUGCCAAGUCUUUUGCCCUCCAUGGUGCACACGUGAUCUUGGCCUGCAGGAACAUGGCAAGGGCGAGUGAAGCUGUGUCACGCAUUUUAGAAGAAUGGGCCUCUUCAUGUGCUUGUGUGCAACGCAGCAGCUUUUGCUUUACCCUGGAGUCUCACCAAAGACGGCCUGGAGACCACCUUUCAAGUGAAUCAUCUGGGGCACUUCUACCUUGUCCAGCUCCUCCAGGAUGUUUUGUGUCGCUCAGCUCCUGCCCGUGUCAUUGUGGUCUCCUCAGAGUCCCAUCGGUGUUUUUUGUGUGUCUGUGUGAUUGUAGGGGACUGUUGAGAAGGACUGUCUAGAGCAACGAAGAUUGUUUUUAUGACUAUACUUCAAGCUCCUCAUCGAUUUUGCUUAGAGAUGGAAUAAUAAUUGAUGAAAUCUGAAUGGCGUGACCUUUAUUGAUUUGUAAUUCAGCAACUUCAACAUCUUACCAAGAAGAAUGUGCAGUUAUUCUAGCAGGAGAAACAAUGCAAUUAAAGCCUGCGAGAUGAAAUCCAAUUGUUUUAUAAUGAGAAAUUAGGGAAUUCGAUGCAGACAUUAGCUGUGUAAUUGUGGAAAGGGAAGUACUGUAGUUAGAGCAUAUUAGAAAUCUGGCCAUGCCUCUUUUGGUUAAAAUUUCAAUUAAAACAUCAGAUGGCACUUUUUUCCUAUUGCCAUUAGGAGAAUAUUCAAUUGACUGAAAAAGACAUUUGAAAAUUUCAUCAUAUUUUCAGCAUAUUUGUUUCUAGAGUUGGAUAAACAACUAUUUGUCUAGAGAGAAAUAUUCUGAAAAGACAAAGGCCUUGCUGGAUGAGGCUGGAUUUAAUACGUGUUAGGGAGAUCUCUCAUAUUUGCUUGGUGUGUGUUUUGGGGGGGUGUUUACACUCUUAGCAGAGUAGCUAGAAAAAGAAAUAAUGUGAAAGGGGCCCGUUUUUUUUCUUCCUUCUUCUCCGUCUUAAGUCCUGAAAUGUUUUAGUGACCCAGAAUGAAGCUUAUUUUUUUAAUCAUACUUCCAUAAAAUGUAACCCCUGGGACUUGGAAGAGAGAGACCAGCCAAGGGUUAGCUUGAAACCUUUAUCACUCCCAAACACAGGGGCUUAUGGUAUAAGUGACACACUGCAGAUAGAUUUACUUUUGCCAUUUUAAAUUCAUUUAAAAAUUUAUAAAUAAAUUUAUAAAUUUAUUCCAUACUCUGGAAUAUAAAUUUAUUCCAUACUCUGGAAAACCAGAGUAUGGGGUUAGAAACGGAGGCAGAAGGAUUACCAUGUGGGGGAGGAUGCACCAUGAACUGGACGAAGGUUGCUACUCAGUGAGCACCAUACCUGGAGUGUGUCCUAGUGAUAACAGAUGCCCGACCUCCGUGCCUAAUUCCUUUGCCUACCCUAACAGUGUGCAGCAGCCUCUGCCGCACCCUACCACAGUCUCUCCUAUUUCCCUGGCAGGAGAGCUCAGAGACCGCUUAUGGACAGGUCUCAAUGCCUAGAGCAAGGCAAGGCUUGGGAGAAACAGAUGUCCUCUGGGAGCAGCCCAGGGUAAAAGAUUAAAGGCGCACUAAGCUUUAGGUCCCUGGGUGAGAAAGCUGUGGGAAAAUGAGUGGGUAGUUCAUGAGAGGGUUUGGAGAAAAGUGGUGACGUCACAAAAAUCCCAGGUUUUGUUGAAGUUGUCUGGGGAGGGGCACUCAUAGAAAGGGCAGGGGACGUGAGCAUUUCCCUUGUGCUUGAGAUGGAAUUUGACAUGGCUUCCUGGUGGUGGCAAGAAAAGAAAGUGUCAACCUGGGGCAGUGGACCUCGCAGCUCUCCUGCUAAUGGUGCUGAUGGCUAAGCUCAGCUCUUACCCUUGACCACUGGAACAACUUAGGUUACCAGCGAUCUGAGUCUGUCUCAUUAAGACGAUAAUUGCGAUACAGGUUGGUGUAAGGACUGACAGUAAUGCAUAUAACAUCAAUAAUGAUGGAUAUAGAAUUUCUGCAAUGAUUAUAAUCUGGCUCUCCAGUAAGGUAGCCACAGGCCACAUGUGGCUGGGUUUCUAAUUGUGAUUGAGAGGGUUAGCAUAGACGCAAUCUCCCUAUCACCAGAUGGCUAGUGUGGUCUGCCUUGUCUGCCUUUCACCUUAGAGUGGGUAUUUGCUUCUGAUAUGAGUAUUGCUGGAGUACACAUUCCAAUGCAUGAGGUCAAGGGAGCAAGAAAUACAACCCAGCCUUGUGCUUCGAAACCCUGCCUUCAUUUCUUCCCUGUAGCCGGCUCCCUUAAGUAUUAAACAGCAGUAUUCUAAUAUCAACGUCCCUUUUUUAUUUGCUGUGACUUGCUGUGACUACGGUGAUUUUAGUUACAGUAAUUAGGUCACCCUUCAUGGAGUCAGGCUAUUUUAAGUGCCUCUUUAAGGAAUAUUGUUGCAGAUCAGUAAUUUUACAAUUGGAUGUUCUUGUGCAACUUUAUUAAAUGUAAUCUGUCUUUUAAAUGUUGCCCUUUUACAGUUAUACAUUUCUAAUUGUUGCUGUAAAUGCAUUAUCACUUUGAAAUUAAUUAAUUUUUCCAUUUUGGCUGCCUGCAGUAUAAUAAUCACUAAUGAGAAACUCACAAGAAUAAAUUCUCAGCACAGCGGCCCCUACUGGUAAAGCCAUGUCUCUGCCUCCCUCUUCCUCUUGAGAUGUAGAGAACUGGACAAGUGAAUUGGGGGGUUCUGGGGGAGAAGUAUUUGUUUCCUCCUUCCUCCAAUUUAUGGUAAAAUAAAAAUCACAGAUAAACUUGGAAAUUGAGUUAUUUUUAAAUGCUCUUCUAAAAAAGAUGCAAGAUACUUCAAAUAGCUGCUUCUAAAAUAUGUUAAAGGAAACUAACAUUUGCUGAGCACUUUCUCAUAAUGAAGUCACGUCAUGCGUGCAUUGCCUGUUUAUUUUCCUGUCUCUAGAACAUUCUUUUAUGCAGUUAAAUUACUCUAAAAUGUUUUGCACAUGCAUGCAUUAGUAUGUAUUUGGUAAGAAUUUCUGAGUUGGUGAAAAAACGUAUUGUAUUUUAGUAUCUAUAUUUGUAUAUACAUAUUAUUCUAUGGGUUUUAAUUCACAAAACUGGGCGUUGUAUCUGGUGCACAUAGGGAUUUUCAAGGCUAAUCUUGGCUUUUUGCAGUUGUAGCCAUGUGUGAUGACUUUAGAAUCCUACCGCACUUCCAAAUAGAGAUGCAGGUUGGCAGUUUAUCCCACAUACCACGAUGCUUUAUGUAUCAGCAUAUAUUUUCAUUAAUUUCUCAUAAUUUCUAUUAGAAUUAAUAAUUCCAAGUUCUGCAGUCUUAGAAUUAUUAUCUUUAUUUUGUAGUUGAAAAGCAGAGAGCUCACCCAGCGUGUUCAGUAAAAUGAUAUACCAGCCUUGUAAACUUUCACUUGCUACUCACAGCUGCCUUUGCUGCAUCCAGUGCACAGUAGUUCCCCUUCCAUCUAUAGCUACUUAUGCAGUUAUGCUUCCUUUUUUAAAUGUUUGACAGCACCUUCACUGAAAUGAAUGCCGCACCCCUCCUCCUUUUUUUUCCACAUAAGCUUUCAUUUCUGGUAAACGCAUCCUUGCCAGGGUUCCCAGGUCCAAGCCAGUCCUUUGUGGACCAGUAUGUAAAUGGGAAGCUGAGCACUGUCACGUGCCUCUUAGGAGGGUUUUGUGCAACCAAAUAUUUGUGUUGGCAGGUAACAGUAGAAAGAAUAUCAUGUGUUAGGGUAGCAAGAGCUUAGCAGAUGUUUUAGGGAACUGCGUUUUCAAAUCAUUUUACAUUAAAAAAUGGCUUACGUUUAUGGAACUUCUGCGGCGAUCGGGUUACGUUUCCUGUGCCCGCGUAAAGCCAGUCAUCGUGCUGAGUUGUAACGGAUGUGCGGCUACCCUGCUAGUGGAUGGGCCGGCAAGGCUGGUUCUGUUGCAAAGUUAUAAA